UCCGGGAGCGGGUCGGAGGCGGCAGCGGAACCGCCAUGGAGCAGCCCAAGAAGGCGGUGGUGGUGACGGGGUUUGGCCCUUUCGGGGAGCACACCGUGAAUGCCAGCUGGAUCGCAGUCCAGGAGCUGGAGAAGCUGGGCCUCGGUGACAGUGUGGACCUGCAUGUGUACGAGAUUCCUGUUGAAUACAAGACAGUCCAGAGGCUCAUCCCUGCCCUCUGGGAGAAGCACAGUCCACAGCUGGUGGUACACGUAGGAGUAUCGGGCAUGGCAACCACAGUCACACUAGAGAAGUGUGGGCACAACAAGGGCUACAAGGGCCUGGACAAUUGUCGCUUUUGCCCUGGCUCCCAGUGCUGUGUGGAAGACGGGCCCGAGUGCAUCAACUCCAUCAUCGACAUGGACGCUGUGUGCAAGAGAGUCACCACUCUGGGUCUGGACGUCUCGGUGACCAUCUCACAGGAUGCUGGCAGGUACCUCUGUGAUUUCACCUACUACACGUCCUUAUACCAGAGUCAUGGCCGGUCUGCCUUCGUCCAUGUGCCACCGCUGGGCAAGCCCUACAAUGCAGACCAGCUGGGCCGCGCACUGCGUGCCAUCAUUGAGGAGAUGCUUGACGUCUUGGAGCAGUCAGAAGACAAAAUCAGCUGUUGCCACAAACACUGAAGGCCACUCGGACCUCCCAAGACCUCAUCC